CAUGAGCCCAGGCCCAACAACCACCACCAAGCAUUUGGAGAAGUGGGGCUGGAUACGCUUUACCGGAUUUGGGUUUUGUACCUUUGAUAUUCCCAAGUCUCAACGACAACGUUCACGACGACGUGCUAUGGGAUAAGUGGGAUUGGGCCAAGCUUGACCGAAUGAUAGACAUGGAAUACGCUAUGUUCAACGAAUUUACAACUAAAUAGCUCUUCAGACACAACAUCUCGUGGUCUUUUUCUGUUGAACGUUUGUCCUUCAAGACACUGACAAACCCCAGAAGGUACUUGGCAAUUUUCACUUUGGCAAAUCCAACCUCACCUCACUCACUUGAGAGAUAUCAACCUCAGAAAGCGUGACGAGACACUCAACUUUUUCGCAACACCCUUGAGCCUUACAGACCCGAGUUUGAAUAUCAUCAUUGGGCUCGACUCAGUAAUAUUACACAAGCUUAACAUGGAGGACGACCGCGCCCAAGUCGACCUCGGCAUUGCCGCCGACAUCGACGAGAUGAACCCUCCCCCUCCCCCCUCCGUUCAGCAAAAACAACCCAAGAAGCGUUUCCUGGGCCGACAAAGCGCCGCCGCCGGAAAGUCCUCCUCCUCAUCCAACAGCACCUCUCAACCCGCCGGGGCCAACACUUCUAUCGAAGACAGCGGCGCCAUCCAAGUAGCCCAACCGCGCCGUGCGCCCCGGAUGCUCAACCCAGUGCCCGACUCGAUCCUGCACGACGCCGCCCUAAACGAAGCCAUCGCCCUUCUUCCCUCCAACUACUCCUUCGAGAUCCACAAGACCAUCCACCGCAUCCGCACUUUGAACGCCAAGCGCGUAGCCCUGCAAAUGCCCGAGGGUCUGCUCCUCUUCGCCACCACCAUUUCCGACAUCUUGACCCAAUUCUGCCCCGGGAUCGAGACGUUGAUCAUGGGCGACGUCACCUACGGCGCCUGCUGCAUCGACGACUACACCGCUCGCGCCAUGGGGUGCGACCUGCUAGUGCACUACGCGCAUUCGUGCCUUAUCCCCGUGGACGUCACCAAAAUCAAGACCUUGUACGUCUUUGUGGACAUCAGCAUCGACACCUCCCACCUCUUGGCGACCUUGGAACGCAAUUUCGCGCCCGGCAAGUCCAUCGCCAUGGUGGGCACCAUCCAAUUCAACGCCACCAUCCACGGCGUGCGCUCGACCCUGCAAAAAGCCGGAUACGAAGUCAUCAUCCCGCAAAUCGCGCCGCUUUCCAAGGGCGAGAUCCUGGGGUGCACAUCCCCUAACUUGUCCCAGUUCCUCACCUCGUCCGGCAAGCAAGUCGACAUGAUUUUGUACUUGGGCGACGGCCGCUUCCACCUCGAGUCCAUCAUGAUUCACAACCCAUCCAUCCCCGCCUACCGGUACGACCCCUACAGCCGCAAACUGACGCACGAAACGUACGGCCACGAAGAGAUGCAGGAUGUUCGCCGCUCUGCCAUCCGCCAGGCCAAGACGGCCAAGAAAUGGGGGUUGAUCCUGGGAAGUCUCGGGCGGCAGGGAAAUCCCAAUACGCUGGGUCUCAUAGAAGAGAAGUUGAAGGCCAACGGCACGCCGUUUGUCAAUUUCUGUCUUUCAGAGAUUUUCCCCGGAAAGCUGGCGAUGAUGAGCGAUGUCGAGUGCUGGGUGCAGGUGGCGUGUCCGAGACUGUCGAUUGAUUGGGGGUAUGCGUUCCCUAGACCGCUGUUGACGCCGUAUGAGGCGUUGAUUGCGCUGGAGGAGAAGGAGGAUUGGGGGAAGGGGGCAUAUCCGAUGGAUUAUUAUGGCCGAGAGGGGUUGGGGAGGACGAAGCCUGCUGCUGUGGAGGUUUGAGGGUUCAGGCUUGGAGUGGGUGGAUGUAUCCGUACUUUGAAUGAAUUUUGGGAUCUAGGCGUAUGGCUAUACAAAAAGGAGGUUUAUCUGUUUUUUUCUGCAUACGAAGAAUGUUACUUGCAAAAUAUGGUAAGUGAAAUGUGAACAAGUUUUGGUUGUGGUUUGGUAGUAUGUAUCCAAUUGUUUCGCGUAUACGUACACAAGGUAGGUUAUGUCAACCUUUUUGUUUUAACACAGAGUACAAAAAAGCCAGUCCUUCAUUGCUUAGCUUGGCUGCGUGCAUAUCCAUCCGUCUAUCCAGUCCGUCCGAUGUCCUUAUCCUUCCUUGUCCAUUCCCUCUCUUUUUUUUUUCCGUCAAUGCAAUU